AUGGCUGCUUCAUCGACGUCGGUGGACCCAACAACAAGCGAUGUAUCCGAAGAAAUACCCCCAUGGGCACGCGGUAAUCAUUUGCGAUAUGUGGAAAAAGAAGUUCUUAUUCCUAAAAUUGUGAGAGAAAGAGCGAAGGCCAAAUGUGAUGAUCUGGUCAAAGGUAAACAAUAUAGACAUUACAACCGUUGCCAUCAGGGACAAAUCAUUUGAAAAUUGUACGUGACGGGAAUAUCUUCUAAAUCUCUUGAAACUGUUAGCUGGGUUGGGGUUUCUGCUCUUUUUUUUAUUUUACAAGUUGGAGUAAGCUCAUUUUAUUUUAUUGUAGAGAUGGAGGCCCUGAGAAAUUUUCCCAGAGCCUUAGAAAUGGAGAGAGUGGUAGACGUAUAGUGUUAUGAUUGCAAAUGUAUUAAAGGACAACUUUUUUGGUGAUCUUAAUUAAGUAUAUUUCCACCACCUUUUUAGCCCACUACUUCAUGAGCUGACUACCCUGCAAGCAGAGGCUACAUUUUUGCUGUGUGAGCUGGCGUGUGAAAAGUAGCCUCUGCCGACAACUGUUCAAUUUUUCUACUGUGCAUGCGCGAAAUUUAUCGUGCGAUUCGCAAGCAAAAUUAAUCGUCAGGUGUGUCGUCAAAUGGUGCGAGUUUUGAGGGAAUAAAAAAAUAUCACCAACUCUGAUCUGCUACGCAAGAUGAGUGCAAGACUCACACAGUCCUCUAAACAGGUCAAGAACAGGAGAAAGCCUGUUUUUUUAAUUUAUUCUUCCAGAUUUCUGGAUGAGUUUGAAUGGUUGUUGGCAGAGGCUACUUUUCGCACACUGGCUCACACAGCGAAAAUGUAGCCUCUGCUUGCAAGGUAUGAGCUGACAAGUAGCGAGUAUUAAUAUAUCAGCCAAUCAGAACACAGGAUUUGUAAUGGAAUAUCGGGUGCACAAUCCAUUCAACCAACAUUUCUGGAAAUUUUUGUUUGAAGUUAAAUGAAAUGGUCUUUUUCGGUUCAGUCCUAUGGAAAUAUUUGGGAUCACCUGUGAAGGUGGUCCUCUUUGGCUUACAGGACUGGUCCGACUGAAAUUUCCUGUUCCAUUCAGCCAGAUUGUUGUUUCUGAGAACUGCCUGUCUGUUUCCCGCUCACAAUAUCACUGAUGUGGUAAUCAAUUAAUCUUGUUUUGAAAACGUCACUUGCAAUAUAACCGCCGCAGGCUGAGCAGCUUUGUCCACGAAGUUCGACAAUUGUUGGUACAUGACUGUAUCUAGAAAAUAAUGUUGAAUGUUUUUGCUACUUUCUUGUUAACCCUUUAACUUUUACAUGUUGCUUGUUUGCUUGUUUGAGUUCAUUGACUAAAUGAGUUGUGUGGUUACAAGCAUUGUAUUGAUGAUGAGAGUGUUCGCUGAAGAGUGAGACUUGCUUGAGAUGGUUCAAUCAACAGGCCAAAAAAGUAAAAACUUGCAGAUGAACUCUGUUGUGUUUCAUGUAUUGUUGUCACCGAUGAUGUCAGCGGCGAUCAGUAAAUUAUUGGAAAAUACCACUCCAUUCAUUCAUGGGAAUUGUGGAAAUUCCACCUGGAAAUUUUGGUUGAAUGGAUUGCAUCCCGAGUCAAUCAGGAAGGAGAAAAGCCAUUUGAAAGUUUGAGUAUUUUUACCUCUGUUUUUCCUAAUUUUACAGCUUUUACACAGUGUGCAAAGUCAAGAACUGUGUCAGUAGUGUGGGCUUGCCGUAAAGAAAACCAAGCAAUGAAAGAUUGUAUGACACACUAGUAAGUAAAAGGAACUCAAUUUCAACCAUGUAAAUCUAACAUCUUUAGGUGGUGUGUAGGGUUGGUGUUGUAGAUGCCAAACCCUGAAGAUCUAAAAUCUGGAGACUAUUUUUCUCAGUAAAUCCCCCUUAAGGUUCCCACUAUCAACACACCCAACCCCUGAUACACACAAAUUGACUCAGUACCCCCAAAAUCAUCAUUGGGUGUGGCUCAGGACAUUACAGGUAGUUUUAUAUGAGGUACAGACCAUUAACCCUUCAGGUCCCAAGAGUGUCCAACAUCAAUUUUCUCCUAACAACAGCAGCAGAUCAUCAAGAGUAAAGUUUAGGAGAAUUGCUAAAUUGACUACCAAAGGGAGAAUGCUUUGAUCUUAAACCAAAUUCUCUCAACUAUUCUUAAAAGAAAUGUAUAGAGAUCAGUCUGGAGAAUUUGUAUGUUGAUCCUGGGGCUUAAAGGGUUAACAACAGUAAGUUUGCAUACAUGACUGUCAAGGCCAAAUAAUUUUUGUCAGUUGUGAAACACUUGGAAAAAUGCCACCAAAAACCUUAAUAUAACAUUUUUGAAUUUUGGGAAAAUAUGGGAUUCCAAACUAAAGCACAGAAGGGCCCUAAAUUUGAUAUUAUCACUCUGAAGAUGUGGUGACCCAUAAAAACGAAAGUUGACUUGUAUGGUAUUGUCUAGGUAUGACGUCUGUCCUUUUGCUGUAAUGUGGUUUGUAGUAGAACUCAUUCUCUUUUUCCUUGCUUAUCACAUUCGGACAUCUUAAGACAAGGCAUAAAGUGAAAUAAAAGUACUAUUAAAGUACUGUAGUGACAUGGUGACUUAGGCUCACUGUAGUAUAUUAGCACAUCUAUGUCUUGUCGAUGUUUCUGUGAUAUAAGUGACUGGUAGAAGGUGAGAGACUGUUAGCAGGGCAAAGAUCAAGUUGGUUAUCAGUAGAUUGUGAGAGGUGACACUGUUGUAGGUAGAUUUGUUCUCAGGUUAGACAAGAAUUUCUUUUGUCUUCUAUGAGUAAGUUAGGCUGGGAAAUAAAGGAAAAUCUGAAUCAAACUAGUUGAAGAAUGAUUUAACUUGAGAGUGGAUUGUAAUAAUUACAAAUGUUACAAAUUUUUGAUAAAUUAAUUCUAAAAAAUUUUUGGGUUUUUGAUACAAAGAAACCUGCCAGCAUCAUUGAUUGGUGUUAUGUAAUAGUAUUUCUUUAAAUAUACUUCUAAUUAAAUUGUUUUACUGAAUUUCCAUUACUUAGUUACCAGGACAAAGACUUUGUUGAAGAAUGUAAGGAGGAGUACCUAAAGAGAAGAGAAGAUUUUCAAAAGCAGUAUGCACAGUCUGGACAAGCAGCAGAUUUCAAGAAGAAAGAUUCAGUAAUAAUGUGAAUUACGUUACUAGCACUCCUUCAAGAGGAAAAUUUUCCAACAUGGGAGAGGAACUGAGAUAUUAUGAAGAGGAUUGUGUGGGAACCUGCUUGUCUUGUAAGGGCAAUCUUUCCAUAACAGCCUUGAGCUAAGAGGCCACUUCAGGGACAAAUUUGAGAAGAUGAGCAAACUUUUUAAGAACCUAUGACAUUUUGGUAAGCAUAGAUGCAAAAACUUUUAUAAGAAUAAGCUCAGAACUCUAGCGAAAAUUUCACUGUAAGUACACUAAUUAAGAGCAUACAUGUACAUUGCGUCAAGAGUUUGGCCUUGUGAGAAAUAUUCAUCUACUGACGUGGUCAAAAAUAAAAAGUAACAUCACAUACCAGUAAAUAAAUGCAGGACAACUAUCUUGCUCUGGAUAAUUUACCUUCAAUUUCCAACAUCAAUGAAAUGUAAGAAAAAUGGUGACACAUCCUUUUCCCGCCUUGCAGCCAGAGCGCCCUGGAGAACUUGCUCGCAGGCUAUUCCUUGAUGUAUGGUCAGGGGAUUCAAUAAAAGCUGUUUCUAGUGGUCUACUACUGCCUAUAGUCCCUCUACCACUGUCUGUCAAGAUUUUAGGGGAAAGGGUCCUUGCACCCAGGUUUCCUAUUUAUAGCCAAAUGUCUAUUUCACCAUCAGCAGCUGCUAAUGGAAAAGGUUAUUGAAACACCAAAUCCAAAGAAAAGGAG